CCGGUCCACUCUCUUCCCUCCCUUUCCCGCAACCCCUUUCUCUCUCCUCCCCCACACCCUCUCUCUCUCUCUCUCUCUCCCCUCAACCACCGCCACCAAAACCCACCCACCCACCCACCAACUCUCUCUCCCCUUUUUUCCCCCACAAUCAUGGACCCUCCGCCGCAGCAUCCCUCCGCCGAACCCUCUCUCUCCUCAAUGGAAGCAACAACACCGACCCCUUUCUCUCACCUCCCAGCCCAACCCGACCUCACCUCCUCCCCCUCCCCCUCCCCCUCCCCAUGGGACUGGUCCGACUUCCUCGACUUUGGCCUCGAACUCGACCCCUUCGAUCACUUAAACCUUGAUCAAUCCCAAGCCGAGCCCCAACUCCCUUCUCCUCCGAUUGCACCCGAUCCCGAUCACGAUCUGGACAGGGUGCGAAAGCGGGACCCGAGGUUGACCUGCCCCAAUUACAUCGCCCGGGUCCCCUGCGCCUGCCCCGAGUUGGACGAGGAGAAGGCGGAGGAGGAGGAGGGUUUGCCCGGGAAGAAGCGCGUGAGGGCGGCGGAUAAGGGGGUGAAGGUGAUGGAUAAGGCGACGGGGGCCAGGUGUCAGGUGCCGGUAUGCGGGGCGGAUAUCGGGGAGCUGAAAGGGUAUCAUAAGAGGCAUAGGGUUUGUCUUAGGUGUGCGAAUGCGAGUGCUGUUGUGCUUGAGGGGGUGAGGAAGAGAUACUGUCAACAGUGUGGCAAGUUUCAUAUCUUGUCGGACUUUGAUGAAGGUAAACGUAGUUGUCGAAGAAAGUUAGAACGCCACAAUAAUAGACGCCGAAGAAAACCUUGCGAGUCCAGAGUUGCAGGUGAAAGGGAACCUCAUGGGCUUGUAUUGGCUGAUGAUGAAGCUUGUGAAAAUGAAAAUGGAAAAGAAAGCAUAUGCUUGAGCAACCAAAUAGCAGAAAGGGAACCGUUACUAGAGUCUGAAGAAGGACGAAUUUCUACACUCUGCUCAAAUCCUGGUUCUGAGAAUAACCAGAACGAUAGUGGUGGAUCUUUUGGGGCAUCUGGUGAGGCCCAGAUAGUUGGAGAAAAAGACGAGUCCAAAUAUGCUCGCUCAUCAUCCUACUGUGAUGAUAAGAGUGCUUACUCUUCAAUGUGCCCCACCGGUCGGAUCUCAUUUAAGCUUUAUGAUUGGAAUCCUGCAGAGUUCCCCAGACGACUCCGGCACCAAAUAUUUCAAUGGUUGGCUAGCAUGCCUGUUGAGUUGGAGGGGUAUAUCCGCCCUGGUUGUACAAUCUUGACGGUGUUCAUUGCUAUGCCAAAUUUUAUGUGGGUUAAGCUACUUGAAGACCCUGUUGUUUACAUACGAAACUUUGUUGCUGCUCCCGGGAAGAUGCUACCUGGAAGAGGCAAUAUUCUUGUUUAUAUUGACAAUGUGCUCUUCCGAGCGGUAAGAGAUGGAACUUCUGUCUUGAAUGUCAAGGUGGAGGAGCGGGCCCCAAAGCUUCACUAUGUUCGUCCUUCAUGUUUUGAGGCUGGGCAGCCCAUGGAGUUCUUGGCUUGUGGAAGUAAUCUACUUCAACCUAAAUUUCGGUUUCUUGUUUCUUUUGCUGGGAAGUAUCUAAGAUGUGAUUAUUGUGUUCCAUCUAUGUGUGGCGAGUCUGGUGACAGUGAAGGGGUCACUGCUAGUUCUGAUCAUCAGUUAUUGAAGAUAUAUGUCCCUCAUUCUGAACCAGAUCUUUAUGGUCCCGCUUUUAUUGAGGUUGAGAAUGAAUCCGGCCUAUCCAACUUCAUUCCAAUUGUCAUCGGGACCAAAGAAAUUUGUUCUGAAAUGAAGAUUAUGGAGCACAGAUUUGAAUCAUCUAGUUCUUCAUCUCAUGAAUGUGAGGUUUCUGUUCGAAGACAACCUGCAUUCUCUCAAUUUAUCAUAGAUACAGCUUGGUUACUCAGGAAGCCUGCAUUGGAAGAUCUAGAACACAUCUUAACUUUGUCUCAGAUAGGAAGAUUCAAUAGGUUAUUGACCUUUCUAAUAGACAAUAAGUCCACGAGCAUAUUGGAGAGAGUUUUACAUUAUAUAACGACUCUGAUGGAUCAUACCAAGUUAAACAAGUUGGCUUAUGGCAUUGCUGAUUCCGAUAUGAAGUUACUUCAGGGCAAUUUGGAACAUGCGAGAGACAUCCUUUGUCAGAGACUUCAGCCGAAUGGGGAUUCUGUUCUGCAUUCUGGAAAUCUUGUCCAAAAACGGGACAGCUUAUGCAGAAGUUCUCAAGCUGACAUGCUCUCCAUUACAUGUUCUGAUCAGGAAAUGGAGGCAACAAAGAGAGGCAAUUUGGAUGCUAGAGCAGGAUCAAAUUCUCAAGACCAGAGUUUAAGUUUACCACUUUUGAGUAGAGAGGCGGUAACGAGGAUGAACCUAAUAAAGGAAAGGCCCAGAAUGUCCUGCAGUCGUGUAUUUACUACUAACAAAUAUUUGGCAUCUCAUCGUCUUGUCUUUGUAAUUGCUGCUGCUGCUGUUUGUUUUGGGAUAUGUGCUGUGGUCUUCCAUCCGCAAAAGGUUGGACAUUUUGCCACGACUAUCCGCAGGUGUCUGUUUGACAACAAAUAGCUGUUAACUGAAUCUCAGAUCCAGAGUCUCUUGUAAUCAUGCUUUGGAUGCCAUUCUUUUACGCUGUGUUUGGAUCGCUUACUUGUGGUGGGUUUACGGCUGGAAAGGAAAAAGAUAGGUUGGUAAUGAGGUGAAGAAGUUAUUUUCCAUUUCCUUAUCAUUUUCCUUUCCUUUAAAGAUACCUCGGCCAGUUCUUUAUCCAAAAACGCAGUCUCAGGUCAGAAUCUUCAGCAUAUGCAUGUGCUCGUUAUGCUAUUGAGCUUCAAACCUGAAUGCUGGUUUUCUGCUCCACCAGAGUCGAAAUCGUGUGGGUUUGCUGCUCUUUCAGAUGCACCAGACAUUUUCUACUAGGGCUGGCAGUAGUUAUUGGAGGGGAAUUCUUCAAAAGCAUGUAUACUAGAACCACACAGUACCUUGUACUUCUAUAUUGUUUUUCCUUUUCCCUUUCUAGUGUAACUUGUGAUUCAAAUCCUUUUUUCUCACCCGUUUCUCUUGUACAUUAAGUUCAGUUAAGUUGUUGGAAAAACAAGACAGGCAUGUGCUCUAAUCAUGAUUGUAGCAGCACUUUCUUUUGCAUUACUACGACCUUGUGAUUGGCUUCUGAGUUUAAAAGUGCUAUUGAUGUUUGGUUUGUGAA